AUGCCACCGUGGUGCACGGCUGGUCUGCGCUCCUCAGGGUGGUUCUUCUACUACUCCCAGCUCUUCUGUGCCACCAAAGCCGGUGGGCACGGAACCACCUUGGUGCCAGGCACCUUGCUGAUGUUGGCCUUGAGCCCAUUGAACGAAGCCACCCGUGAGGGCCAUGACCUCGUGUGGCCCGUUGAAUUCAUCAAGCUGCAGAUUGCUGCGAUGUAUUGUGGCUCCGGACUGUGCAAGUUGGGCGGGGCCUUCGCUUUUCGUCGCAUUUGGAGUGGGACUACCCUGCAAGCCUACACCUUCGAUUCCAUGUGGUCUCGUCCAGGCGGUGAGAUCACCUGGGCGUUGCAAGCCUUUGCGGUCCGAUCCCCUCGAUUGUUGAUCCCGGCAGCUGUGGGAGCUCUCUUCUUUGAGGUCGCUUUUCCUUUUGCCCUGACCUCGUAUAGCGCCGGGCUCUUCUUCACCGCCUUGGGCCUUUCGUUUCACACAGGAAUCUACUUUUUGCAAGGUUUCGACUUCUUGUCUCAGUGGUGUCCGGUCUAUUUCCUCUUUGCACUUCACAAGGACGCGUCGUGCCUGGCUCUGAACUAUAUAUAUAUAUAUCCUUUGAACAGCCUCAGUUGUACUAUUCCAGGAUCGAAGCCGCUGUUCGCCAGGUACACGAUGAUUUCCAUCAUGGUGUCCUUGGUCAUGCUGGAUGUGUGGUACGGCGAAGUCCUACCUUGGUCUUGUUGUCCCAUGUUCCUGGUCCCGCGAAACCUCUUCAGCCAAGACAUGCCCCGUUGGUGGACGAUGACGGGACGCCCCGACCAAAGGGACGCGGGCUAUAUGGACCCCUUGAUGUACUCGCCAGUCAGCACCAAGCACUACAUGCCUGAGGAGGAUUUGCAGAAGUAUCCGUACAAGGUGCUGCAGUUCGGAUCGUUGAGUCAAGUGCCCAAAGAGUUGCAGAAGUUCGUCCUGCCCCAAUAUCUCGGACAUCCGGUGGACGACAUUUUGUGCUUCUCGAACUUCCCGAUCACCGCGGAGCUGCGGGAGGCUCUCACGGAGAUGGUGCCCUGGAGCGCAGCGAAGUCCGGCGAGUCCAGGUCCACUGGAAGAGGUCCGGUCGCGAAGAGGUCGGAUUAA